AUGAGUACCCCUAUAUAUUAUACUCCGAAUCUCGAGGAGAAUGGAAGGAAGUUGGGAACUGUGCAGGACAUCACGUCAUUGAGUUUAGGAGUAGGAGCUGGAAUCCUUGCUCCUGGACCUUUGAAUGGAUUUUUGUUCUAUUUAGUUGGAUAUACAUUGGCAAAUGCAGCAUUUUAUACGAUAUGUUGUCAAGGAAAUGGGAGUAAAUACUUUAAGCUGCCAAUCAUGGAAAUAUUUGUUGGUAAUAUCUUGAAAAAUGUCCCUGAAUAUAUCAUGAUGUGGUGUUUGGUGUAUGCUUUGGUGAAAUAA